AUGGAUGAGGAGGAGUACACCCUGCUAGAGGACAAGGAGGUCAUGGCCCGCCGGCUGGUGCAGCACAACAAGUGGCUGAAGCGGCGUGGCGACGAGACGAGGCGUGCCAUGCGCACGCAGCAGGUCAAGGAGAGCGUCUUCGUCACCGGGGGCGAGGACCUGGAGGAUGACAUUGACGAGGAGGGCCCAGAGCGCGCCGCGCCCGGGGCCGGCGGCGACCGCGCGGCGGCGGUGGCGGCGGCGGCGGAGCAGCAGUGUCGGCCACGUGACGCCGGGUGCUUUGACGAUGACAUGAGCUGGGCCCUGGGCGCGCUCCGCGGCGUGGGGCACCUGUGCUGGUUUACACAUUCCUGA